UCGGGCGAUUGAUGCCUGAUGGCGCGAGCUGGAACACAACGCUGGAGAAAUCCUGCUCCAGAAGGUGACGAUGUGCAACGAUCGAUCGAGCUGUUGGACAAGGUGCUCUCAGAGUACGACGAGCACGAGGCGGAGGGCGAAGGUGGCGGAGACAGCGGCGGCGGAGGCGGAAGUGGCGGUGGAGGGGGCGGCGGAAGCGGAAACGGAGGGGGAGGCGUCGGGGAUUGCGGCAGCAGCACGGAGCCGAGUAUUGGCCUCACGCCCGACGACGAGAGUCCGUCCUUAGGACACCAAUCCGAGGACGACGGUUACAUGAGUAUGAACGGUCGAAAGGCGAAGAUGGCACUGGUAGCUUUACGCCCGGUCCCGGACUGCCCGGAGCCGCAGGACUUCGCGGGAGUCUCCUCAACGCAGGAAUUUCCGCCGCCUCCGGAAGAGGCCGAACGUAUCAUCUCGACUCUCCUGCCGAUGGUUUCCCCGGGAAACUCGUCCAAGAGAAACGUCGUGGCCCAGGAGCGACGAGGUAACGGCCGGCAACAGUGGAUGGUGGAGGAGAGCAUGAUGCGGCAUGGAAACGCCGUUACCACACAGACUACUCUCCCCAAGACCCGGCAUCAGCGGCCCUACGGCUGGGAGAACGGGACCGUGGAGUCGUUCCGAUUGGCCCAGCUGCCCAGUCCGCCCAGCAAGUUCGCCAGUCUGCCGUACGACGUCAAGGUGUCCUUCAACUGGAUCCCGCCGCGGACGAACCCGAGCGCGGUGGAGAAGCACCGCGAGGUGCGUCGCCGCUCCUCGGACGAGUGUCUGGACGACGCGAACAACCUGGACAGCCGUCCGCGACGGGACAGCCCGGAUCGCGCGAGGAAGCACUCGUCGCAGCAACGGAGUCAGCAGAACCACGAGAUCAUGAAGUCGAGCAGCGUGGAGGACCGCCUGCUGAUGAACCGGAGCUCGGACGGGACGAAGGACGUGACGACGUCGUCGUCGGCGGCACAGCGCGGUCGCCGCAGCCGCAACGACUCGGACUCGAGCGAGGGCCGGUUCUCCCGGAACUCCGAGUCCGAGAGUCGCUCGUCGAUACCCCGCUCGAGCUCGGUCAGCGUCGAGCGUUUCUCGAUGCGCGCCAACUGCGACUCGUCCGACUUCUCCCGCGCCAACUCCACGUCCAACGAGCGCUUCCACUCGGACUUCUCGAUAGCGGUCGCGAGCGCGAGCUCCAACGAUCACGUGUCCGUGCCGACCUCCGACCCGUUCUCCAUCCGGAACCUCGACUUCGUCUCCUAUUCGCGGGCGGACUCGUGCGAGCGCUUCUCCGCGCCUAUGUCCGACCGCUGCUCCGAGGAACGCUACUCCGACCUCUUCUCCACCCGGAACUCGGACUUCUCCGCCCGCAACUCGGCCGAUUUCAGGACGCAGUCCGAAGAGGAACGCUUCUCCGACGAUUCUUUGGAGGAGCUGUUGCCGCCACCGCCACCCAUCAGCAAGAGGCACUCCAUCGCCUGGGAGGUGUCCCUGGAGGACGAUCCUUUGUACGCGCCCGGUAGCACCAAGGUCGUCGGCAGGAGACGACGAAAGAGCAGCGACGUCUCGAGCGUAGGUUCCGCGUCGAAGCUGCGCGACUUCGACGAUUGGCAGGAUCCACGGCAAUCGACGACCGAUGACGACCUGAUCUCGCCGUACUCGGACUCGUCCACGAACGAUCUCGAUCAGAUACGGCCGCAAGAGCUCACGAAGAACGGCACGUACGUUAUAAGACGCGGCCGCAAGAAGGAGCGCAAGGUUCUGCCGAAGACCCCGACCAAGACCAAGAGUCUCUCUUUCGAGAACGGCGAGGACGGUCGACUGUCGGACGUGAAGCGAUACUCGAGCACCUUCGACAACAUCAAGAGUCUGUUGAAGGAGGGCAAACUCGAGGGCCUGAACGAGCCGCCGCCGGAAUUCGCGGCCUCGGUGCCACCCCAUCUCAUCCGGGUCGUCUCGAUGCCGGCGAUCAACAAUGAUGCCAACAGUCGCGCCCAGCUGGAGAUUACCGUGGAGGAGGAGGAAACGUCCGAUAUCUCCGACAAGGAUAAGGAACGCGACAACCUGGAGCUACCACGAUUACCGCCGUCGCCGCUCGACGACGAUCGAACGAGGGAUUGCAACGUUCUGCCGACAGCGCCGAACCUGGACAUCGGCAAGUCGUACCUCGACGAACCGCAGGCGACGAGGAAAAAACUCGGGGCCGCGGUGAGCGACGAGCGACUGGCCUCCAAGAUCCCGGUGAAUCUGUUGAUCGAGGAUCAGAUCGUGAAGAAGGCGCUCAAGGAGAACCGUCGGCAGCUGGAGAAGGUGAGCGAUGCGAUCAAGGAGAUUGAGAACGUGAAGAAUAGCGAGUCGUACAGCGAGAGCAAGCGCUGGCGAAACGGCGAUCUGAGGCAGAACAGCUGUUCGAAGCGCAACAGCUUCGAUAACGAACCGAUACACGACCGGAAACCGAUGAUGGUCGACGGCAGUCCCUUCGACAGCAGAUCCCGUGGCAAACAGCAACAACAGUCACAACAGUACAGCUCCGACUCCGAGACGUCCAAGGCCAGCUCGGACGCGGACUUUGCCGAUCGGAGAAAAUUGAACGGCGUCGCCGACGUCGUCUACUCGUCCGGCAGACGUCUGCGUCAGAAUGGCAUCGAGAGCCACAAAAACGAUCAGAAACAGAUCGAGAACGUAAUCGAUGCCAUUCUGGAGGACUCGAAGAAUCCGGAGUUCCAGGUGAGCGUCGAAGUGAUGGAGUUUCCACCGUUGCCGCCCUCGCCCGUCGAAGAGGCCGACGAGGAGAGCUGUUCGGACGCCGGUCAAGGUGCCAUGAUGACACCGCCAAAGUCCAAAAGCCACAACCGGACCGUGGAGUACAGGCCGAGGGUGCCGCCUCAUCGUGUCCCGCCGGUCAUCGACCCGAAGGAGCAGGCUUCCUUGAACACCAGGUCCAUGGACGCCGGCUACUCCAGGGGGAGACGCACACCGACCACCAGUAAUUCCAGGCGAGAGGUACCUGUGGAACGAAGGACUCUGCCUACUGAUCUACCGGGACCCUCCCGUCGGCGACCUUUCUCGAAGAGGCACUCGCCAUCGGCAGAGGCAUGUUCCUCCGGGGGUAGCAGCGGCGGUGGCGGAGGUGGCGGUGGCGGUGGAGGCGGCAGCGUCACCACCAGCACCGGUUCCGGGAUGCAGACGUCGUGCUCUCUACCGGAGACCCCGGUGUUCGCCAGAGGCAGCGACAUCCCUAGAACACCCCAACACGCUGGCAACCCGACGCAGUCGAGGCGGCAACCCGGCUGGUACGCACCCACCACGGCUACCGGCUAUCGGCGAAACAAUCCCGGUCUGGAGCAGGCCAUAAUCGGCACCGAAUUACUCCGGCUGGCUGGGGGACCGAAUCGCGGAUGGUAUCCCACGAGGAAGACGAAUCAGCCGCGACCGGCGUCGAUCGAGCACCUGGAGCGACUCAACAACGCCUAUGACGCACGGUUACCCGGUUCCGGGGACCAGAGGAAGCCGCUGACCCUGCCGACGAACAUCACGCCCAACAAAUACUUCGGCCAAAGUAAGCACAGCUCCGCCUCCAGCACUCGCGAGGCGCUACGGAGGGUCACUAGCUUGCUCAUCAAGAAAGGAAGUGGCAGCAAAGACGGGAAGGGCAACAAGGAUAACUCACCCUCAGGUCCUUAUGCCGGCGCCGAGAGCGGCGACGCGCCCAAGAAGAAGGGUUUCUUCAAGGGCUUCUGGAAGAGGUCGCGCCACUACUCCCUGGAGAACCAAUAGCCCAGGUGCGCGAGGGUGACGAGCCAGCAGCAUCAGCAGCGGAACAGGCAGCAGCGGCAGCGGAGCAUCGCCACCACGACGACCCUCGCGAAUAAUCCCUGCUGCUGCAUCGUCCAGUAACCCCGAUUUACACGUGUAUCGAUCGCGACCCUCAUCCCCCCUCUCUUCAACCGAGUGUUGUCUUCUCGCGUGCACGCUUUCCGACACGUUUGCGCCGCAAAUCCGAUUAAGCACAUUUAUUUUGGCACGAAUGAGCCAAAUCCCCUGGAAUCGAUCAGCUACUAAAGAUGAUGCUUCCCGCGAUUUUGUCUUUAAGUUUGUUAAUUGUCAACUUGCGCGAAGGAUUCUCUUAAAAAAUUAUCAUCUUCCCUCUCUCAACAGCAUUAGAACGAGGGACCCUUCCACGUCUUAUCCUACCGGAAGAUGAUCAACCGCGCCUUUCAGGCUUGUCACAAGAAAAGGGUGAGUUUUGCGUUCAUUCGGUUUCAUGUUUUCUUUUUUUCAUAUAAAUGAAUUCGAGAGAACAAAAGAUGGAGUUGGAGAAAUUUUCGAAAAAUUCCAGAACCUUUAUCGACGCACUUACUUUAUUAAUCAAUCUCUCGAAGUGAUUCGCGCGAUGGGUCGGGGUCGCUUUCGCGGGAGAACGCGUCACGGUCUACGGAGCCGGAACGUGAGAGUUGUCCUCCGGAUCGAAAUGCAUCUUCACGGUGUCCUCGUCACGCUGCCUGUCACGCCGCGUUGAUUUCUCUCGCUACGCGUUAUCACAAACCUAAAGUGAUUCACGACGAAUCGUCGCGCGUGCGGACGUGAUUCUCGGCUAAUCGACGAAAGUCGUUUCGAACACCUUCCUUUUUUUCUUUCCUUCCGAAUGAGCACCUUAAUAUUAUAGUACAUCAGUGACACACGCCUAAUUAAUUCUUUUUAUUAUUAUUAUUUAAUCCUAAAUUAUUUCGUAUCGUCAUUAAUAUAUACAAAAGAGAAUUUUAAUUCUUUUUAACGUCGUAUAUAAUUGAUGUGUUCGUGAAAGAGAAUAUUAAUCGCGAAUAAACGCGCGCUUUUAUUUAACCUUUUAUUAGCCAAUUUGAAUUGUCUCGUGAAUUAGAAUCAUUAACGUAGAAAUUGUUGAAUUGCGUUAAUAAAUGGAGUUUCUCUCGAAGGAGAAAAAGAAAAGAGAAGAGGCUGAUUUUGAAAUAAACAUUCUUUCUCAUCGCCCGCUUUCAGAUCGAGAUCUUUCCAUCAUCCCCCUUUUAUAAUUCGAGAAAUAACGCCGCGCGCGUUGUAGAAAUGAGAGAAAAAAAACAGAGUAAUAAAAUGAUAAAAUAAUAACGAUUCAAUAUAUACAGAGUAUUCGAGUAUAUAUAUCAGGUAUACUCAAACUUAUAUUAUUAUGCGUGUGCGAGAGAGAGAUAGUGUGAGAGAAAGCGAGAGAAGCGGGCGCGAGUGAGAGACGAAAUGAAAGAAAAUAUCACCGCGCAUUAUUAUUGAUUACGAUUGUAAGUUUAUAGGAUCAUUAACACGUUGUAACGUUAUUAUUAAUGGGACGAGCACACUACGCGUAUACAGAUAUUGAAACACGCAAUACACACACAUACAUAAAACUUACAUAAUAUACAUGCACACACAUAUGUACACUCCGAGAUACGCGUUAACGAUAAUAAGAAUAAUACUAUUGAUUAAUAUUAUUACCGAUAAUAUAUGAUUAAUUGAGGUUAAUAGCUGAUAAUGUAACGAAGAAAGAAGUGACGAUGAUAACUACGAUCGCAUGUAUUUAAAUAGAAUUUUUAAGUCAAUGUGUCGCGUUCAUCCCCUCGGAUAUCUGACAAAGAGACCAACAAUCGGAAAAUCGGUCGAAAUGCCAAAGAUUGUCCCGUGGUGUGUCGAGUUCGAAGAAACUGGAGAGAAAACUGUCGACGAACCUUUCAGCCAGCGCGUUUUCUCGUAUAUUAUAAUAUAUAUAGAUAACAUAGAUUUAUAAAUUAUUUUUCAUUUCUCUCGAUUUUUCAUAUAUUCUCGCGAUUCCAAUCCUUAUAUUCGAGACGAUUGGAAGUGGCAGAAAAAAGAAAGAAUCGAAUGCGAAUGACAAUAUAUAUAUUUUCUUUUGAGAGUAACAAUAUUUGAAUGUAUAACACGGAAUAAUUUAAGAGGGAAAAGUCUCAGAGGCGAGAGAGAUGAUAUUUAAUAUCAAUCGAGAACUUUUUUCCCGAACGAAAAACGAGCGUUUCGCUUCAGCGGAAUAUAUUAAUUUCUAUUGUAUUAUAAUUAUUAAUGUAUAUUAAUUUUGUGGAGGCUGCUCCCACCUCUCUGACAUUCUUCAUUACUCGUUAAAUGUUGAACAGAUAUUUUUUCAGACGAUUGAGAGAAAUAUAUAAUUUAUCUUACUAAACGUA